AUGGUUAGCAGAAUCAGUCGUAUUAUUGCUGUUUUGUGUGUUUUAUCGAUGAUAAGUCAUCAUGUGACAGUAGCAAAUGAUAUUCCACCUGCUUGCUUGUCACUUAAUUGGGUAGCCUGUGGAGUCAAUAUCGGCACGGCUUUGUAUACAAAGUAUUAUGGUCAAUGGCAAGAUAGUCAAGAUGUGAAUGCUUUUGGUACAGUUUGUAAAACUCAAUUUCGAGGAUCAUUCUAUCGAUGGAAAUGGGUAUGGGGUGGCCAAUUUUGGUGUCCACAAUUGAGCUCAACUGUUAUGGGUACUUCAGAGCAUUAUAAAAGUCGAGAAGGAGCUAUUGAACAUGCUCUUCAAGAUUAUGUAACGAAAGCUGGACAAGCUGGUAUUCUCAAACCAGAACACGUUUCGCAAACCUAA